UAAAACUAUAUUCUGUUUCGCUGGUCUGGCACAAGCUGCCAAUCACGAUUGGCAUUGUUACGGAAAAUGAGUAAUAUGACUUAAUUUGUUGUCACCACCGUCGCUCGGGAGUUGUAUCUUCAUGCAUAUGAAAACAUUCGGCGGUGGUCGUGGCUGAGGUCUUUUCACUUUAUUCAGAGCUCUUAGCGGCAGAGCAAGCGUGAGGUAUACGAGUAAGUUGUUUCGAAAUAAAAUCAGGAAAUUGUCACUUCGUGAUCAUUGCAGCCAGUUAUAUGCAUAUUCUCGCUGCAUAUUUAGCGUGAGCAACUUAUAAAAGUGGAUCUAUUUUAUGCCAAACUUUCAGUUUUAAUAAAGGUUCAAUCGGGUCGAGAUCGUUCAUCGCAAAUGGCACGAUUAUUUCUAUACGUUUUUUGUUUGACGAUCCAUGCAGCUCGCGGGGAUGUUUUUGCUGCUAAAACUUUAACCAGAGCGCUAGUUCCUCCUAAACGGGACAGUGACUAUCGAAACACUCAAUCGUCCACAACGCAACUUCCGGAGGUAAUAAUCAAUCGCUUACCACCUGGUUCAACGGCCGCUACACAACGAGAUACCCAAGGAUAUUUCUAUGACCCUCCCAACAAUGGUUAUCUGCCACCGGACAAACCGUUUGCGGAUGAACCACUACCGCCCCCACAAUUACCACCGUUUUCUAACGAGUAUCCAUCAGUGGAUGACCAAUAUCUACCACCCAAUGACGAUCCUGUGUUUGCCGAUCCACCUGUCAAUGACUACCUUCCUCCACUUCCAUCACCUCCACAGCAGGAUGAAAUAAUAAUCGUUACAACUGCACCGGGAUAUUUCUACGAGCCACCAAGCUCUUCACAGUCUCCUUUGGCAGAUGAAGGAUUCGUUAACCCGCCAGCUAAUGAAAACGGUUACCAUUACAAUGUUCCUACUAACGGCUACCUACCUCCCGUGGGUCGAUCUUUGCGUGAUGAUGUUCCUAGUGGUGUUCCAAUAAGACUUCAGUUAAACGAGCUAACCUGCCUACCGAGCAGUGGAGGUUUCUUUAGAUCCACGUUAACAGUUCAAAGUUCCAUUGACAGUACACCAAUUGUAGACGUCGAAUCCGAUGGGAAUGAUUUGAGUGUUUGUAAUGUGCGUAUUGAACAAUCGCGACUUUUAGUGAAUAUUGAUGCUAGUUAUUUUGCAAAGUGUGGUGUUCAGCGAUGUGGUAGCAACAAUGUUCGUGAAUUAUGUCUACGCUUGAGGUUUCCGCAGAUAUUGGGGAUGCGAACAGCUUCAGAUGCGAUUCUGACUCUGCAGUGUAAAAUUCAACAACGGGUAGUUGCUCGAACACAUGCCUUUCGACUGGGUAUCAGUAACGAUGUUCAAGGCAGGAGUUCCUCCGGGACAUUUGCCUUCGGAGGAUCUCAACGUCCAUUUCGAUCUCAACUUGGUCUUUUUCGGAAACAAGAAAACGGAAAUGGAUUCACCCGUGCUCUUGAGCCAGGAGGAUCCGUUUUACUAGGUGAAGAUCUAAUUCUCAGAACGCAAGUGAAAAGCGGCGAUGGCUGGAACCAUACGAGACUUUCCGAAGUGGCAAUGCAACGAUUAUCACCCACGGGAGGGGUGCUGAAUACGGCAACGCUAGUUACUACCAAAGGAUGCCUCAAUCCCACCAUGAAAGCGAUCUGUCCGACUGCUCCCGUACCGGAAUCACCGUUAAGUUACAGGCUGGCAUUCCGGGCGGCAAUGUUCCAAGGAAUGCACAGUGGAGAUGAAAUGGUUCUACGCGUACGCGUUGUCGGUUGUGUUGAUCGUCGCGAGUGCUCUGUGGAAAACUGUGCCACAAUUAGAUCAAAACGAGAAACAACCGACAUCAAAGGAGAAACAACGGAAACAAUUGAACACGAGCUCCCGUCGGAAACAGCCACAAUUUCAUUCAGAAUCAUGGUACCUUCUGAAGCGACAACUAGGCGAAGCUUAAGUCCUUUGUCAACAUCUGUACUCACACUUUGGGCAACAGUAGUAGUUUCCUUAAUAAUACUUAUAGCAUUAAUUGUGCUGAUGGGCCUCAUAAAACAGUACGGCCGAAAACAAACUCCCUACGACGAAUAUCGAUCUGAUUGAAAACGCAACUUGAACUGAAACGAAAUCUAUGAUAUAUGAACUGGUAAAUACACGUUGGAGUAGCUCACGAUUAAUGCCUCACUAUUAAGAUAAAUUAGCAAGAUCAUCAUCAGUAUACUCAGUCAAGCUACAGUCAAGGAAAAUCCAAUUUGUUCGUUGAAUCUCGUUUGCCGCUGAAAACUAAACGACAAUUCAUUAGUAGUGGCUGGUGCAACUAGUCCUCGGUUAAAUAAGUGAUUAUAUUUAUUUAUUAUAAAGUGCUAAAGAAAAAUGCCAACGUGCUGUAUAAUAAUAAAAUAGCAUUGACUGGAUGCUCAGAGAAAUCUCCUGAGAGUUCUAUUACCUCAUGGUCAGAAAAGCUGGUUAACCAAAGCCGGUCUCACAGUUAGUUAAGUAGUUUAUACAGCGGAAAAGCUCGCAGUAACGAAUUCACGGCAUGCCCUACUCUCACCGUUGGUUUAAUGACAUUAUUAUACUAAUUGUGUAUUUAUUUUACCUCUAAUGAGUGUCGCAAAUAAACGGUUCCGAAGAAGUUUAUAGUGUAUAAAAGUAAGAGUAGAU